AUGCCCGGAUUACUUAGCUACUUAAUAUAUUCACUCAACAUACUGAUUUUCUCAAUUUGGGCAUAUCUAUUCAUAUUUAACAACAAUUUGAUACUGAGAUAUUACUCAUCCAAUCAAGAAUACAUACCGAGAUCUCAAAUCAAUGAAUUCAUAACCUCGAAUUUGAGAAAUAAAAAGCAAUUGAAUAUUUUACUAAUAGAGUUGGACAAAGAUGAUAUGGAACAGGAUGAAGAAAUAAAUUUGUCUCAUCUGAAAUUGCAUUCAAAACAAAGUUUAUCAAAAGAAAUUGCAAGUUAUGGAAAUUACUUCAUUGGAAUCGUGUUCAGUCUUACCUUGUCACUCAGUAUUGGACUUAUUAUACUCAUGAUGUGUGAAUUAGGUAAUUAUGUAAAUCAUGACACCAGAGUUGUUCUUUUCAAAUUGACAAUUGACACAUUAAUUCUCUUAUUGGUUUUGAUCGUACCAGUUUGCAGUAUCAACCUAAUCAUUAAUCAAAAUUUGACUCUUGUGAGUUUUGACAGGGUAAAAGCAAUUUUUACGCUAAUCGCCUGUGUAUUAUGGUUCUUAGUUUUACACAAAUGUGGUGAUUUAACUCAAGAUUUCAACCCAAGAUCAAGUCUUCAUGCUAAUACUAGGAAUAUAGUCGAAAGAAAAAUAAAUGAGAUAUCGAUAGUGGGCAUCACGAUCUUAGCUAUUUUGUCUGGAAUUGGAUCCAUAUCAACGCCAUAUAGAGCUAUAAAUUUCCAAUUACUUUGGAAAAAAUACUUUAUUGGCCAUCAUGACAUCAAGACGUCUCAAAGUUGCAAACAACCCAAUGAAAUUCUGACAGUCGACAUUAAUACGGCUAUACAAAAUUACAAUAAUACCUCCAACCUUCUAUCAAAACGUAAAUCAGAACUAAACCGACUUGAACUUCUGAACGGAGGUACAAUUUACAAUUUACCUUCACAGAAUUUGUCUACAGAUAAUUUUCUAACUACAAAAUCAUCCGAAACCUCGAAAAAACUAGGUUCCUUACUUCAUAAAGUUCAGUCUUUCGCACACUUACCUUUGAAAGGGAAUUCGGAAGAAGAGGAGCUAAAACAAGAAAUUGCUUCAUUGGAGAGUUUGAAAAAAUCCUUGUACAAAGAUACGUCAAAACUUAUAUUAAAAUUACAUGAGAACCAACAAGUCAAUUUGAGACAGUCCAAAAUUUUUGAUAAAUUCAUAAUGUUUGGCAACACAAUCUUAUCAAUUUAUUGUGUUUACAGAAUUUUUAAUGUUUUCUUAAUAAAACUACCUUUAUUAUACAUAUAUGGAGAAUCUUAUGAUUAUGACGUUCAUUCUGACGUUAUUGACGUGGAAAAUGAAACACCCACCUCAAAAGAUGCAUUAGCUAUUACUAUAUCAAAGCUUAUCAAAUCCGUUUUUACCAAUGUACCGUUAACAGAACUGCAGUUAGUCAAUCAAUUAAGUUUUAUACUAUCUGGGAGUUUAUUCAUUUGUUCGUUCACCAAUGUUUUAACUACGUUUAAGUCAUUCAGUAAAAUGUUUCACAUUUCAACCAAUAAAAGUAUUGAAUCGAACAUCACCAAAAAUUGGCUAAAACAUUUACUUGUAGCAGAACUAGUUGGUGUGUAUGUUAUUGCAACUGCAUUAUUAAUUAGAAUCAAUUUACCCGAAAAUUUAUCAAAUCAAAUAUCCAAAAUAUUAUCAUUAUCAGGAAGUUCGUUGAAAAACAAUAACAGCUCUAUAAAGGAAGUUAUGUUUAUUGAAAAUUGGUUCGAUAAAAUAUUUGCGUUGUCAUGUCUUUUGACUAUGCUUAUUUUGAUUUUAAAGAAAUUUAUUGAUGACGACAAAGAUCUAGACUUUCAAUCUGGUGAUACCUUUGAUGAAGAACUGUUUAUGGAAAGUAGAGAAGAUUAUAAAUUAGCAUAA